AUGUUCAGUGCAGCAAGCGAAGAAGAGAAACCAACACGUGACAACGAAGAAGAGAUCCUCAAGCUUAAUGAUUUCAUUGGCUAUCUGAAAGAGUUUAAGAAAAGGGAUCCCAGCCAUUACGGCGCCGUUGUAAUUAAGCUGCUGGCGAGUGCGUCACUGGAAAAAGUAAGCGAUGUCGUCGUGUGUCAGAUGGCUUUCUUGCCAGGAAAACCUUUGUCCGGUCGGCGCUUUCAGGACCUUCAAAUCUUGUUUCAGUAA